CUCUUUGGCAGCUGCACGUCUCUUAAGAGCUUUGAAUUUGUUUGAUUCAAUGAUAAAAUGUACACUGGUGUAUAGCCUUCACUUUAAAACAAAAGUACAGCUGUACUAUGAGGCUUAACUUCAGUAAAGUCUACCAAAGUUCGAAAAACACACACUGAAGGCAGGUGUUUCCAAACUUUUAGGGGGGAGUGUAUGGGUUCUGGCAUAUGGGAUUUGGAACUGAUCAGGGGAGCGUUUCAUCAAUAUUUUUAUCCGACAAGUUGUCAGAUCUGACAUCUUUCCCUGAUUUUGAUUGGCCGAGAGGCACUGUUCCCAUGGUAACUGUCGGAUAAAAUGGGACUUGUCGGAUAAAACGUCCGACAAGUCCUUUCAUGAAACGCCCCCCAGGAUUUCCACGUGUACAUGGUCCAGUUGAUUUGAUGGAAUAAACUGGUCAUCCAUGAUCCGGGAUGUCAAUAAGCGUUGAUUAUUGCAUAACGAGUAUAUACAGACAUUCUGUAGACCUACAUGCCGAUAUGACGUAUUGUUCAACGCCACUGAUCUGAAUACUAUAAUAAAAGGACUAAAGAUAGUGGACAGAUCAGUGUUCAACACCCCUUUUUGUGAGUUACCUCUGCAUCGAUCGCAAGCUGAUGCAAUUAGGCAAAGCAUUGCCCGAGAUCAAAGGGAAGCACCCUUUUGGUGAUAUAUUGCCAUUACAGUACACGACAUUUUCCAAGAGUGUUCCUGUACAUGACACAAAAUGUCUUUCUCGAUAUUCGGAUUCAAGAUUUCAUUGCCCAUUGUUGGAGCAAUAGCUGCUUUGCUGUUCGGCCAGGAGCUAUGGAACCUAACCUACCUUUGGAGGAAAGGAAUCAAGGGCCCAAGACCCCUGCCAUUGUUAGGCAAUAUUCUUUCCUGCACAAAGGGAUUUUACUUGUUUGUGUACAAUUGUAAGGAGAAGUAUGGUAAAAUAUACGGUUUUUACCUGUUUCGACGCCCGGUGGUCGUGAUCAGUGAUCCCGAUAUUCUGAAAGACAUUCUGGUGAAAAGUUUCUCCAAGUUUACCAAUCAUGAUCAAUUCUUCUUGAAGAAUAGACCUUUAGAUCAAGGUUUAUUGGAUCUCCGUGAUCAAAGAUGGAAAAAUGUGAGAACGGUCAUUACUCCUACAUUCAGCGCUCUCAAGAUGAAACAGAUGUCCCCUUUGAUAAACGAAUGUUGUGAUGUACUGAAUGCAACUCUGAAGAAGAAGCAGGAGGAAGACACCAAUAUAAGCAUUUUCAGGGUUUUGGAGUCGUUCACGAUGGACGGUAUUGCUAAAUGUGCCUUUGGACUUCAGGUUGAUGCCCAGAACAAUCCCGCUGAUCCAUUCGUUAAACAUGCUAAAAAGAUCACGGAUGCUGGUGUUGAGAAUCCUGUACUUAUGCUGGCAGGACUUUUCCCUCCACUCGCCUACGUGUUUAACGCUCUUGAUAUCGGCAUGUUUCCGGCCGAAACGAAGAUUUUUUUUAGGGACGUUGUUGUCAAAGCUAUCGAUAUGAGGAAACAUUCUUCUUAUAGCGAGCGGAAAGACUUUCUUCAACUUAUGAUGAACGCCCACAACGAUGACGACAUCGGCUCAGAGGUCGGAAAGGACACGAACAGUCUUAAUGACCAGAUUGAAGAGCGCAAUGGUAAAUCUCUCUCCACCAGUAAGAAAACCCAGCUUACCAUGGAUGAGAUAUUUGCACAGGCUUUGCUAUUCUUUCUUGCUGGCUACGAGACGACAAACGUCACGCUUGGUUUCCUAGCCUACUCUCUAGCUACCAACCCUGAUAUUCAGGACCAACUGAUCGAGGAGGUGGAUGAAAUUACACCAACGAGAGAUCUAGUCGACUAUAACUCGAUCGUAAAGAUGUCCUUACUCGACAUGGUGGUCUGUGAGACACUCAGGUUGUAUCCGCCCGCAGUUCUGGGUGAUCGAGGUUGUAGUGAAACACACACCGUUGAAGGAUUUACCAUUGAAAAGGGAAGUCAGGUCUUCUACUCCAUCUAUAAUAUCCAUCGCGAUCCCUCUCUUUGGCCGGAACCCGAGAAAUUUGAUCCAUCAAGGUUUAGCAAGGAGAAUCGUGCCAACCGGCACCCGAUGGCCUGGAUACCAUUUGGUGCUGGACCUAGGAAUUGUAUCGGAAUGCGGUUUGCUUUGAUGGAGAUGAAGAUGGCGGUUGUUCGUAUCCUCCAGAAAUACCGAUUUGUGCCAAGUCCAAAAACAGAGAUUCCUGUAAAGUUCGGCACUGGAAACAAUCUCAAACCUGAUGGCGGUAUGUUCCUUGGGAUCGAAGAGCGCAAGUAAACUUCGUGUCACACAAUAUACAUGAUGUGAAACAUAGAUGAGAGACCAAAUCAAUAAGAAAUUGAAUAUGCGAUAAAGAGAUGAUCACAGUGCUAUAAAAUCACAUAUUAAUUUUCAUUUUCAUAUUGGUCAAUAUUGUUCCUCAGUAAUCGUAAGUAAACAUAAUCCAUUUUCUCUAUUUUCGCUCUCGUCAACAUCGGAUGUGCCAAGAUUCAGUGAAUGGGAUGAUAUUCAAAAUCUUUUUAAUGAUAAAAAAAUCAAUGUGGGACAGGGAUUCAGGUUAUCAAAGAAAUGAAACAGGUCUUAUCAACCGACAUCAAAUGAACUCAAACUCAAAUGAACUCAAAUGAAAAGUGUACAUAAUUUAGCCGUAAGUCCUAAUUAAUAAGAGAUUCAUUCUAUUAAUAAGGAAUUCAUUCAAGUAAUAAGGUAACAACUAAUAUGGUAUCACUUUUAGUACUAUUACAUAUCAGCCUAAAUUGAGUUGAAGUGUGAACUAUAAACUAUAGCCGUAGGCUAUACUCAGUCCUUGGUAUAUUACAUAUUUGAUUUUUGGCAAUGUUUUAUAUUAAAAAAAAAUAAAACCGACAUCUUGUAAAAAAAGAAAAUUUUGAAAUUAAUGUAGUCAAAGUAUUUUUUGGUUUGAUUUGUCUAAUGCCGAUUUCUUUUUUCUUAACAUCACACGAAGUUUACUGUAAUUAUGCUUAAUUCUUAUUACCUAUAUCUAAUUACCAAUGAAUAAAUAUAGCUAAUCGUAUUUUAACUCAUUCUUUGGGGAUUGUUUUCAUAUAGUUGUUCACUUUGUUUCAUCAUAAAUGAAACACAGUAAUUUCUUUUGAAUAAAUUUCCCAAUUUUUAUACUGUUUACUUGAAGGAAUUAGUUAUUCUUAUGUUCUUGUUUUCUUUGAUUGAUAAUCCCUAACAAUUAGAAGUUUGUUAAAAGCCUCGGGACUGUCCCGAUAGCUUGAAUGAAAUGA